CGCGUAAGGUCAAAUUUGGCGCUAAAAGCUAACACGACGUCAAAAUAAGUAAACGUCACAUCCGUUGUAUUGAGGGGCCCGUCAGUUGCUGGAGACGUUGUUUGGUCCAGGGUGGACAUCAUGUUUCGCAACCAACAAGUAACAGAGUUUGACAUUGUCCGAGUGAAACCGCACGUAGAUCUUGUGCUUUUUGACAAUGUUAUUAGCUGUUACCCCUGCGAUAAAGACAUAACCGUCAAUUACGUCCUAGGACAGGAUGUCUCACCCUCGUCUUGGGACUGGGUCGGAAUAUUCCGAAUAGAUUGGCGGUAUCUUGGUGAUUACUUGUCGUACCAAUGGGCACAGAUUCAAGGCCAGGACUGCAAUGCACCGAGACGCCGGGCAAUAGUCUUCUCUGCCAAUUAUCAUCAGAUCCCUCCAAGUGACCAAGACUUGUAUCAGUUCCUUUACGUUUCACGUGGAAAUCACGUAGUUGGUGUCAGCGCAUCUUUUAAAAUUACCGACCCGGAGGUACUUUCAGACUUCUGUAUUGCUGCCCUUUACGAGCAACCGUAUAUCAACGUGGUGUCUAAGAAACAACGGACACGAAAAGCACGAGUCCCUAUCAGUGAUACCUUUGAAAUUAUAAAUGAGUUACCAUGCCCAUCUAUACCAAAACGACGUGCAAAAACGAAACAAAAGGUUAUUGCAGUAUAUCGUGACCCGGAAACGCUUGUCAACAUAGGAAAUUUCGAUUUAUCACAGAAGUUCAGAAUCCCCAACGUCCUUCCAGUGGUACAAGAAUACAAUCAGACCAGCCACGUUCCGUAUAAUCGUGUCAAAGAACUGAAAAUUUUCGACAUACGAUGGGGACAGCAGCAAACACCUUCAACUUCCGGUUCAAACGAAUUUCCCAUAGCACUUAAAUAUCCGGUGUACGAAAAGCUCAAGGCUGGUCCGCAAGCGUUUCUCCUCUCGUUGCAGGAAACCGGAAAUGACUGUUCCAGUUGUCUAGUCGCUAAGACGCUUGUUCAAGAUCUUGUUGACAAAGAGUUCCAGCACGAAGAGAAAUUACGUAACAUGAAAGUUAUGAUGGACGCUGUGACUAUGUUAAACAUACAAUCAAAGCAGAACGAGCAGGCUAGAUGUGUUGGGUUAUUAGAUUUGGCUCUAAGUCAAGUUCAAGAGGACAACAAAACCUUGCAAAAACGUGUAGAUGAUCUAGAGGCACUGUUGUUCGAGGCCAGUUCACAACUCCAGGAAAAACUACAAACCGAAAGUGCUGUACCAAAAGUUUCUGAUGAUGACUAUGGUACAUGGAUGGUCAGAUAUCCGAAAAGAAUAGCACGUAUAAAGAAGGUGGUCGGUCGACAAAGUAGAACAUUGCAGAUGCUGCGUCAGUGUAACGAGACCAAACAGAGACAAGUAAACAAGCUCCAGAACGAGAACAUCCGGCUUAGAAGGCUCGUACAGUCUUCAUUUGAGACAAGCGACAAGUUCCGAGGUCUAGCGGAGGAGCUGAACCAGCGAAUAAAGAGUGUGCUAGCAGAGAGAUCUAAGGACCACACUAAUGAAUGGCGACAGUUCGUGCGCAACGUGCAAGAAACUACCACCCAAACCCUCGAUGAAAAGAAAGAGAACCGAGGUACAUCCCCGAAAAGCACGAGCUCAACCAGUUGCGCCAGCGGGCUGGAGACCAGUAGUGGGGCUCAAACACCAGUGAAACAUCGACUUAGGAACAAGCAGAUAACUAGAGUACUCCGCUCCGAGAAACAUCAGCGACAAAAGCUACAUAAGGACAUUAACCAGGAAGAACAGUGCCCGACCUGUGGCCUUAAAUUCUCCAAGAAGACCGACCGUCGGGUCAUCGAAGAGCAUAUUGUAUUUCACACCUAUCAUGAUAAGAAGAACUGCUAAGAGGAUCAGUCACCGCUUCCGAUAAGAAUUAUUGUUACAGUCAAUAUGUCAGUGACGGACGGACAAUUAGCAAAUGUAAAGUCAAGUACAGUGCCGAUAUACACACCGAAGCCAACUGUUAUCUUAAAGAAAUAGUUACAAUAUCAAUAACAAUAAUCCCCGCAUAUUUAAUGUUUUAUUUGUUUUUAUCUUACAGAAUUAGAAACAAUAUUUAUAACUGAUCUCCAAACUCUUUGACCAUGAUUUACAGUUGAAGGGUCAAUACGCACAGUUUGCAGCUUCACUUCUGAAAACUUUGUUUAUUUCCCAAACAUUAUUUGACAUAUCUUAACACGUAUUUUUGUAUCAUGCUGUCUUUGUUAUAUGCCGACAUUAUACUGUUUCUUCAAAUAUUUUUUAUUUUUUUAUUUAGACUCCUGACUUCCUUAGUGCUAUUAUUUUGCUAAAAUCUUUACAUUGUUUCUUAAUGACUUUAUGUGUUUACGUUGUUUUAAUUUACACUCUCUAUCAAUAAACUAGUAGAAAACGUAA